AUGGGAUGUUGGAAUAUAAAAGAUGUAUAUGAACAAAGUGAUCAGAAUGAAAGUUGUAGUGUGCUGGAUGAGGGAAAUAAUGAUCCGAAAGGAAGAAGUCUGUCCACUGUAUCUGUCCAGGGCUCUUUCCAUCAAGCUGAUCCUAUGUUUGGUGACACUGCAGGAACUCAAUGUGUAGCAAAUUGUUUAUCAGGUUUAGCUUAUAAUCUUCUGAAAAGUGCAAAAUUAUGGCAAACAGCUGAUGUCAACAAAGUUUUAGUGAAUGGAGAUGAACUUUACACACACCUGCAGAACUGUUCUUCAAUUACAAGUAGAUAUUUGUUAGUAGAAGAGUUACCACAGUAUUUUGAAUGCUACAACAAUACAUUUGACUUUACUGUGAAAGUCUCGGUACCCAGUUUAAUUAGCUUGUCAGAGGAGGAGCCAUGUUAUGAAGAUUUUAAUGCUUAUCCUCUUUAUGAAGCUCUCCAGAUGGCACUUACAGAAGCAGAUGGAUGUUUUGUGUGUUUCGGAGGAAAUACCCUUUUAAUUGGGAGAACUACUGAUGAAUUUUUUAUAUUUGAUUCACAUGCACGAUGCGCUCGUGGAUACCUUAGUGUAAGAGGAAAGAGUACAAGAAUUUUGUUGAAGGAUGUUCAGCACGUGUACUUUCAUCUUAAGUCUCUGGCUCUCUCAAUGGGAUUUUUAAGAACUGUUGAAUGUGAAUUAACUGGUGUGUUGUGUUCACUGAAGCAUUUUGCUAUUGCAAAAUUUGAGAAGGUUGAGGGUAAUAUAGAAUUUUCAGAAGCAUUCAUAAAUUCAAGACAAGGUAUUAUAAUGUCAGAUCAAUCAAACGAAGAAAAUCAUAGAUAUUCAAGAGGAUUAAAAGGAUCAAAGCAGGACAGCUUAUUGUCAGAUCAGUCAGAGAUAUCAGAGACACAUGAGGUUAUUUUUAUGGGUGAGGAAAUCAAACAACACAAUUUUAUUCCUUUGUCUAAACAGAAACAGGGGCAGUUGAGCAAAGAGUUAGGAUUGUCAUAUUUUGCUUCUAGAUAUGAAGAGGUAGCAGUGACUGUGAAAGGCAUGGAUAUGCCUACCAAGUGUAAGGAAAUAAAAGCAGAUGGAAAUUGUUUUUUCAGGGCAAUAUCAUUCAGUCUGACAAACUCGGAGAACGAUCACCAACUUGUACGAGAAGCUGUUUGUCAACAUUUGUUGAAACAUGAAACAAAAUUUCAGCACUUGAUGAGGUCUGAGGGAUCUUUAAGGUCUUACUUGCUUUCCAGUAAAAUGUCAGAAGAUGGUGUAUGGGCCACUGAAUUGGAGAUUCAUGCCAUGUCGCAUCUGUUGAAUGUUGACAUUUAUACUUAUUCAGACAGGAAAUGGAUUUGUUUUAGUGGGGAAGUGCCGAAUCCUGAAGUCGUUGAUCAGAAGGAGGCCAUUUAUUUAUACCACAGACAACAGAAUCAUUAUGAUGUUGUUUUAUGUGUUUCAGCAAUUCCAUCAGAAAAGGAAUCAGUCAGACAAUCCAGGUCUUGCAAGAGAGAGUAUAACCUGCGCAGAGGAAAUCGACUUCGAAUGAAAGUAAAGCGAGAUACACUUGAAUUGAAAGGACAAUUAAAUUCAAAUGAAAUUCGCAAAGACAAAUUGAGGAAAAAGUACAGGGAAAAUAUGGAUUUUCGGAAUAAAAUUAUUGAACAAAGGAGAGAAAUGUACUCAGAUGCAGACUUCAAGUUAAAAGUACAAGUGAGGAACAGAGACCGAUAUCGUGCUUUAGAUUCAGAACACAGAGAAGAAGUUAAAAGGGCAAGUAGAAGAAGAAGUAAACAAAAUUACACUGACUUCAAUCACAGUGAUGAAAAGAAGAGGAAAAAUGUAAGGAGAUACAAGUUUGAUAUCCAGCACAGAGAACAGGUGAAAGAAAAAAACAGGGGAAAGUACUGGGCAGACUGUGAAUAUCAGGAAAAUAUGAAGAAAGCAAGUAGUGAGAAGUACAAGACGGAUCUGACACAUCAAGAAAAUUUGAAGAAAGCCAGUACUGAGAAGUACAGAGCAGAUCUGAAACAUCAGGAAAAUGUUAAGAAGUACAGUAUGAAGAAGUACAAGACAGAUCUGAGACAUAAGGAAAAUGUUAAGAAGGCCAGUACAGAGAAGUACAAGACAAACAUAAAACACCAGCAACAAGUUAAGAAAAGAAGCAUUGAAAAGUAUAAAAUGGAUUUCGAACACAAGACUAAAGUAAAACAGGGGGCCUUGAAAAAGUACAAAGAAGAUAAAACUUACAGGAUGAAAAAUAAAGCUGCUCAUGUUCAAAGAUAUAGUUCAAAUGAAUCUUUUAAAGCAAGUAAGCAAGAAAGAGUUGCGAUGAGGUAUCGGACUGAUACUAAAGUUCAAUUAGAAGUGAAGAAACGUAGUAAGGAUAGUUAUUAUUCAUCUUCAGAUGUAAAAAAGAAGAAAAAAGAGAAAGUAAGACAAGAAAGAAGACUGAAGCAGAAGAACUUGGAGCAGGAAGAGGAAGUUAUCAGAUUGUUUAAGGAAAAUGCUAAAGAAGGCCCAGAUUAUGCUUGUACUUGCUGUCAUAGGCUAUUGUUCAAAAAUCAAGUUCAAGCUUGUGAACAUCUUAUGUAUGAGAAAAGUGAAUCAGCAAGAACUAUUUCUGACAUCUGUUUGUUAGAUAAGUAUUUGCAUGAGUGUUCUGAAUCUUGUCCAGAAGCAUGUACCAAAUCAUCAUUAUGGAUUUGUUACACUUGUCACAGGAAAAUAAUGAGUGGCAAAGCACCAGCUGAGGCUGCAGUUAACGGUUUGAUUCUGGAAGAUAUUCCACCAGAACUGACUCGGUUAAACAGUUUGGAGCAGCAUUUAAUUGCAAUGCACAUACCAUUUAUGAAGGUUAUGGCUCUUCCCCAUGGUGGGCAAAAAAAUGUUCAUGGACCUGUGAUUUGUGUGCCUGCAGAUAUGAAAAAGACCAUCAGUUUACCAAGGAAUGAAGAUGAGAACUUGUUGCUACGUGUGAAAUUAAAAAGGAAAUUGAAUUACAAAGGUUACUUUGAAUAUCAAUUUGUUAAUACAAACCAUGUCAUGUCAGCCUUAUCAUACUUAAAAGAAAAGAAUCAGUGGUACAAGGAUUUAAAAAUCAAAUCGUCCUUGACAGAAGAUUUGGAAAAUCAUGAAGAAAUGACAGAAGAUACUAAUGAUAAUGGGGAAAUUGAUGAAGAAAUGGUUGCAUAUGAUACAUGUUUACAACCUGUUGAUGUUGCACAGGAAGUUUUAGACCAUUAUUUUGAUGAUGUGUACAACAUAGCACCAAGUGAAGGAAGAAAUCCUGUUCGAAUAUUACAGGAACCUGGCAAUGAAGCUAAGGCAUUUCCAUGUCAUUUCCCAAGUGGUCGUUUCUCCUGGAAUGAGGAAAGAUCAGAAAAAUUAUCACUCUCCAGGUAUUUCAAUAAUAGGCUAAUGAAUGCAGAUGACAGGUUUGCAAAGGACACCAAUUACAUUUUUUUCAGCCAGUACAUGUCUGAAUUAAAUCAAGUGAUUGAAAAAACCCAAAUUUCACUUAGGAAAUCACUAUCAAAAUGUACCAGUGGAAAACCUAUUACGAUAAAUAUGCUGCAAGACCCAACAACUCUCUCUAGUUUGUUGAGGAAUGAUGAUGCCUUAAGAUUUAUGCAGCCAAUAAGGGGAACUCCAGCUUAUUGGUCAAGUACUCAAAAAGACAUUUUUGCCAUGCUGCGACAAUUAGGAAUCCCAACUUGGUUUUGUUCGUUUUCUGCAGCGGAGUACAGAUGGAAUGAUGCUGUUAAAGCUAUAUUGCAACAGCAGAAUGAUAACAGAGAACCUGAUGAGAUGGAGUGGUCAGAGAAAAAUGAAGUUUUAAGAUGCAAUCCAGUCACGGUGGCUAGAAUGUUUGAACACAGAUUUCAAAUAUUUCACAAGGAGGUCAUUCUUUCCCCAGCAAAACCAAUUGGAAAAGUGUUAGACUUUUUUCAAAGAGUUGAGUUUCAGCAGAGGGGAUCACCCCAUAUGCAUUGUUUAUUUUGGGUUGAAAGUGCACCUAAUAUUGAAUCCGAUGGAGAAGAAGCUGUGUGUGACUUCAUUGACAGAUAUGUGACAUGUGCUGUACCUUCAGAUAAUGAUGACCCAGAAUUAAGAAGAAGUGUAUUAGAGGUACAGCAACACAGCAAGAAACAUUCAAAAUCUUGUAAAAAGAAGGGUACAGAGUGUAGGUUUAAUUUCCCGAGGCCACCCUCUCAAAAGACCUUUAUUACAAGCACUCAAGAACAAGAAAACUCAGAGGAGUGUGGAAAAGAAACAAAUAUAAACAAAAGUUAUGCAAAAGAGAUAUUACUAAGUGUUUGGGAUAAGGUACAGAACGAAGGUGAAAGAUUCAAAACAGCAGAAGAAUUAUUUGAUGAUCUAUCACUAACACAGGAACUGUACGAAGAUGCCUACAACAUGUUAUCGACAAAACGAUCAGUUGUACUUGAACGCUGCCCGAAUGAGGUGUGGACGAACCAAUAUAACAGAUGCCUGUUGAAGUCGUGGGAUGCUAAUAUGGACAUACAGUUUGUUCUGGACCCGUUCAGCUGUAUUGUUUAUAUAAUAUCCUAUAUAUCAAAGUCAGAAAGGGAAAUGGGUAUGUUACUCAAACAAACAAAGUUGGAGGCUGAAGAGGGAAAUUCUGAUGCCAGACAGACGAUGAAGAAAAUUGGUUCAGCUUACUUGCAUCACAGAGAAGUAAGUGCACAAGAAGCUGUGUACAGAGUAUGUAACUUAAAGAUGAAAGAAUGCUCUAGGAAAGUUGUGUUUGUGCCUGUAGGCGACAACCCGGUUCGCUUAAGUAAACCGCUAUCAGUGCUUAAGAAGAAAGCAUCAAAGGAUGAAGAGAUAAGUGUUGAGGAAGAAGAUGAGGAGGAUGAAGUUUGGAUGACAAACAUUAUUGAACGUUACAUGAACCGACCGGAUAAACCAAUUUUCCAUGAAAUGUGCCUCGCCGAAUUUUGUUCAGAAUUUAGAGUGCUUGCGAAGUCUCAAGUUCCUAAGAAAAAAAAUGAAAAUGUGUUUGAAUUACAGAAUGGAAAGGGUUAUGUGCAACGAAGAACAAGAACACAGCCUGCUGUUGUGAGAUAUCCCAGGUUCAAUGUUGAGAAAAUGCCAGAGAAAUAUCAUCAGUCUCUCUUGCAACUUUUCCUUCCCUAUUGGACAGAGGCGCAGUUGAAACCACCAGGAUUUGAAUUAUAUGUGGAUUUUUAUGAGACUGGUUAUGUGAAAAUUUCUGGCAGAAAAAGAAAUGAAUCCGUGAAAUCAGUUGUGGAUUUCAAUCAUUCACGUUAUGCAAAAAAUGAAGAUCUUAUUGAAAAUGCUCAGGAGGCAUAUGAGAUGAAUGGUGAACCAGAGGAUGCAUGGUCACGAAUAUGCCCAGAGACAGAGGUUCUUAGAAGGGAGGGUAUAGCACAGAGAAAGGAGAGUACAAUGCUACAGGAGGAAAAUAUAGAUAUCAUACCGGAUAUCGAAAAUGAGACACAUAAUGCGGAUGUCAUGUAUCAUGUUCACCAAAAUACAGUUUCAAGAGAGGAAAUGCAAUCUGUUCUUCAAAAUUUGAAUGAAACACAGAGUGAAAUAUUUUACUUGGUGCGCGAGUGGUGUUUAGGUAAGAUUGCAGGGGAAAAAGCUGAACCCCUACAUUUAUUCAUUACUGGAGGUGCAGGAACUGGUAAAAGUCAUCUCAUAAAAGCCAUUCAUUAUGAAGCAUCACGUUUGCUUUCACGAAUAAUGACUGAACCAGAUAGUGUAUCCGUGCUUCUCGCAGCGUUCACAGGAACAGCGGCUUUCAACAUUGGCGGAAAUACACUUCACCACUUAUUUUCAUUAACAAAGUAUCUUCCCCUCCCUUAUGAACCACUUGGAGAACAAAGUCUCAGUGAAUUGAGAGUAAAGAUAGGAGAUCUUCAGAUCCUAAUCAUUGAUGAGAUAUCAAUGGUAUAUAAAAGGCUACUUUACUACAUACAUGAGAGGCUGGUGCAGAUUAAGAAGUGCAAAGAGCCAUUUGGAGGGGUUUGUGUUAUUGCUGUUGGGGACUUUUACCAGCUUCCUCCCGUUAAGCAGCGGAAAGAUGAGAGACUUUACAAAGAAAAUAUGAGUUAUCCCAUGGACUACUGGCAUGAGUUAUUUAAGGUCAUUGAAUUAAAAGGGAUAAUGAGACAAAAAGAAGAUUUGUCUUUUGCUGAGGUUCUUAAUUCUCUACGUGUAAGAGAGAGAGAUGAACCGUUGACACAGCCGCAAAAAGCUAUGUUAGAAGACUGUAUCAGAGAAGGCCCAGAGGACGUUCUUCAUGUUUUUUCUACUAAUGAAGAAGUUAACACAUUCAAUUUGUCAAUGCUGAAGAAAUCCUGUGAAGAUUUACUGGAAAUUGAGGCCCAAGAUUACAAAAAGGACAAGACAUCGGGAAAACUGAUACCGAAAAACAAGCCCAUGACACAAACAAAAAGUGAUGGUCUUCCAAGUUCGCUCUUAUUGUCAGUCCAUGCAAGGGUAAUGCUAACAAGAAAUUGCAAUGUGGAGGAUGGUCUCGUUAAUGGAGUAAUGGGGCAUAUUUGUCAGUUUUCUUUGGUAGAAAACAGUGAUAGAGUUGUAAGAGCUAUAGGAGUUAUUUUUGAUAAUAAGGAAGUUGGGAAGAAGUCAGGGCAAAAGACAAGGGAUGGGAAUCUAGUGUUCAUAGAAAGAGUACAGGAAGAGAUGAAGGAAAAGGCAAGUACAGUGGUAAGACACCAAUUUCCAAUUCGGUUGUCAUGGGCAUGCACGGCUCAUAAGGUGCAAGGGAUGACCACUAAGAAAGCUGUAGUGAAUUUAGAUAAAGUUUUUGCCCCAGGUCAAGCAUACGUUGCAUUGUCAAGGGUUACAUCAAAGACCGGCUUAUUUAUCGAUACAGGCGAUUCAUCUCGAUUACAGAAAAAUAUCUAUGCUGAUCCAGAGGUAAAGUCAGCAUUAAAUGAAAUGCCGAAAGUUACUUUUAGUGACACUUCACAAGCUUUACUCUCUGGUGGAAAGAAAGUAGUUCUGCAUAACACACAGAGCUUGGACAGUCAUUUUAAAGACCUACAAAAUGAUGCAAGGUUGAAAAAGGCUGAAAUCAUAUUCUUAACGGAGACAUGGUUAAGAUCUAGGGAAAACACAGAAAAAUAUGCACUGGAAGGGUUUCGGUUUCAUCAUCUACCUAGAAGGGAAGCGUAUGAGGAAAGCAUUGUGUCAAAUCAAAGUUUAUGCAUGUCAAAGGGUGGAGGUGUUGGGCUGUACUUAAAACAUGGGAAGGAUUACAAUACUGUUUUAAUGACCCAUAUGAAUAUUGAAGGAAUAGCAGUGAAAAUAAUCGAGGAAGAUAUUUUGUUGCUGUGUGUAUAUCGCCCAUGCAAGGAAAAAAUGACUUCAUUCCUGCACAAUCUUCAGAAUGUUCUGGACUACUUGAAAACAAAUGACCACAAAAGUAUCAUCAUGGGUGAUUUCAAUGACGAUGCAAAAGUCAAUGGCCCAAUUCAAAGGUUUAUGAGAAAUCAAAAUUUCAGACAACUUGUAUCCUUUAGCACAACAGAAGGGGGAACAAUACUGGAUCACAUCUAUGUUUCCAAUUUAAGACGGAUUGAGGUUCUUCGAUUAUCCACAUAUUACAGUUAUCAUGAUGCUAUACUUCUAAAAUUCUUAGACUUUUAA